AUGACUAAUUUAUUCAUCAUCAACCAGUCUGCAAUCGACAUGACAAGCUCCUUUAUCUUUCUCAUCAUGAAAAUGGGCUCAAUUAAGUUACCUUCGAAAGGCAUCUUGGGAAGUCUGUUCUGCAAAUUCUGGUAUUCGGAGUACCUGAUGUGGUCGUUGUUUCUUGCCUCCACUGCCAACUUAUGCGUAGUUACGUUAGAGCGUUACUUCGCCAUUUGUCAUCCUAUAUUUCAUCGCAAUAAGUUUAACAAGAGAACGGCAAAGAUAAUUAUCAUUCUUGUUUGGUCAUAUGGUUUUCCCAUCGAGUUGCUUUGGGGGCUACCAUUUUACCACAGUAAAGAGGCCUGCGUUAUCAAAUACAUCAGUAUACAGUUCAACGUUUUUGUCGGCAUCGCGUUUUUCAGUAUAUCGUGGUUCUUCCCACUGAUGUUAAUGGCCCUGUGUUACGUUCAAAUUAUCAAGAAGCUAAGUGGUAACAAAUUAAAUCCAAGUGACAACGCCAAUAACCAGUCAUCCAAUCACAGCUUCCGUAAAGCACAGAAGAACGUGGUCAAGACGCUUCUAAUUGUUUCUAUAACUUACGCCCUCUUUUGGGGACCAAAUCAAAUUGCUUUAUUCCACUUCAAUAUGGGUGGAUAUUUAGAUUUUUCUAGUGAUUUUUAUUUCUUCUCAGUGGUACUUGUUUUCUGUAAUCUUUGUGUAAACCCAUUUAUUUACGCAUUUCAGUAUCAUCAAUUCCGUGAUAAUAUUUCUAUUGCGUUUCGUUGUCAAAAACCGAGCAUGCCAGCAGAGGGGACUGGCACUGGCACUGGCACUGCUUUAGAAAUGCAUACAGAUAAUUUGAACGUUUAG